UCGUUCUCCUUUCCCAUUGGUUGAUUUAGACUUUGAACACCCUGGAAAAAAAGAUUGGUUUCACAUGCAAACUGUCAAGAGAGAGGGAGAGGAAGCUGAAGAUGGCAGCGCUGCAACCUUCACACUGACUGUCUGUCUUGCGUCAAAAUGGAGGAGAGGACUGUCAUUAGAUAAUUGGAGCUGCAGCCUCCAAGACUCCAAAGAAACCCAAGCCAGUCAUAUGAGAUGUGAAUUUGUUGAAUGAAGAAUGAGGAACUCGAGUAACGACGUCAUUGCAGAGGACUGACGAGUGCCAUCAUUUUCCACAUUACCUUUUUACGUUUGAGCGUCGCUCGCUCGCUCUCACUCUGCUCCUCCUGACACACACACACAGACAGACAGACAGAGAGACAUCUACCAGCUCUGCUGCCAUCCAGCCCAGGCAGAGUGGACCCGUCCCUCUCCCGAGGCCCUCGCGCCCUCCCACUCUGGCGGUGUGUUGGUGUACGAUGGCGCGGUGGGACGCUGAGGGCUGCCGCGGGGGACUGUGAUGUCAGAGCCCAACAGCCCGGGCGAGAGCCGGCGUGGCGCUCCCAGAUUCUUCGUGGGCUGCGAGGACGAUGAGAGCGAGGUCCUGGAAGACAGCAUGAGGACAGACAUGGAGCUAUAUGAGGACGACGAAGACACAGACUCGCCCCCGGAGCGACAGAUCGUGGUGGGGAUCUGCUGCAUGAUGAAAAAGUCCAAGUCAAAGCCAAUGACCCAGAUCCUGGAGAGGCUGUGCAGGUUCGAGUACAUCACUGUGGUCAUCUUCCCAGAGGACGUCAUCCUCAACGAGCCCGUGGACAAAUGGCCUCUGUGUGACUGCCUCAUCUCCUUCCACUCUAAGGGAUUCCCGCUGGAUAAGGCAGUGAGUUAUGCCAAACUGAGAAACCCUCUGCUCAUCAAUGACCUGAACAUGCAGUAUUAUAUACAGGACAGGAGAGAGGUGUAUCGCAUCCUGCAGGAGGAGGGGAUAGAUCUGCCCCGCUAUGCUGUGCUGAACCGUGACCCAGAUAAACCAGACGAGUGUAACCUGGUGGAAGGAGAGGACCACGUGGAGGUGAAUGGAGAGAUAUUCCAGAAGCCUUUUGUUGAGAAGCCCGUCUGCGCUGAGGACCACAAUGUCUACAUCUACUACCCCACCUCCGCUGGUGGUGGCAGCCAGCGACUCUUCAGAAAGAUCGGGAGCCGGAGCAGUGUGUACUCGCCAGAGAGCAGCGUGAGGAAGACGGGCUCUUACAUCUAUGAAGAGUUCAUGCCAACAGAUGGAACUGAUGUUAAGGUGUACACUGUGGGUCCAGACUAUGCUCAUGCCGAGGCUCGAAAGUCCCCUGCCUUGGACGGGAAGGUGGAGAGAGACAGCGAGGGGAAGGAGGUCCGCUACCCCGUCAUGCUCUCAGCCAUGGAGAAACUGGUGGCCCGUAAGGUCUGCCUCGCAUUCAAGCAAACUGUGUGUGGCUUCGAUCUCCUCCGAGCCAAUGGACACUCUUAUGUGUGUGAUGUCAACGGUUUCAGCUUUGUGAAGAACUCGAUGAAGUACUAUGACGACUGUGCCAAGAUCCUCGGGAACAUUGUGAUGCGCGAGUUGGCCCCUCAGUUUCAGAUCCCUUGGUCUAUCCCUACUGAGGCAGAGGACAUCCCCAUUGUUCCUACUACUUCAGGGACCAUGAUGGAAUUACGCUGUGUCAUCGCCGUCAUCCGUCAUGGAGACAGAACACCAAAACAGAAGAUGAAGAUGGAAGUUCGCAACCCCAUGUUCUUUGAUCUAUUUGAGAAAUAUGGAGGAUACAAAACGGGGAAACUAAAGCUGAAGAAGCCAAAACAACUGCAGAUCUCUGAACCUCAACAGGAGGUGCUGGACAUCACACGGCAGUUGUUGGCAGAACUGGGACAGCACAAUGACUGCGAGAUAGAAGAGAAGAAGUCCAAACUGGAGCAACUGAAGACUGUUCUGGAAAUGUACGGCCACUUCUCGGGGAUAAACAGAAAAGUGCAACUAACUUACCUGCCCCAUGGGCAGCCCAAAACCUCGAGCGAGGAAGAAGACACACGUAAGGAAGGCCCGUCUCUGCUGCUGGUGCUGAAGUGGGGAGGAGAGCUGACUCCUGCUGGCAGAGUUCAGGCGGAGGAGCUGGGAAGGGCCUUUCGCUGUAUGUACCCCGGAGGACAAGGAGACUAUGCUGGCUUUCCAGGCUGCGGGUUACUGCGCUUACACAGCACUUACAGACAUGACCUGAAGAUUUAUGCGUCUGACGAAGGCAGAGUGCAGAUGACGGCUGCAGCCUUCGCUAAGGGUUUGCUGGCUCUGGAGGGCGAGCUGACACCCAUCCUGGUCCAGAUGGUGAAGAGCGCCAACAUGAAUGGACUGCUGGACAACGACAGCGACUCACUGAGCAGCUGCCAACACCGCGUCAAGGCCCGACUGCACGAGAUCCUGCAGAAGGACAGAGACUUCACCGACGAAGACUUUGACAGGCUGGCACCGACCUGCAGUGCCUCUUUGGUAAAUUCAAUGAAGAUAGUCCAGAACCCAGUGGGCACAUGUGACCGUGUCUACGCCCUCAUUCAGAGCCUCACCUCCCAGAUCCGCAAACGGAUGGAGGACCCCAAGUCAGCUGACCUGCAGCUGUACCACAGUGAGACACUGGAGCUGAUGCUGCAACGCUGGUCCAAACUCGAGAGAGACUUCCGCAUGAAGAACGGCCGCUACGACAUCAGUAAAAUUCCAGACAUUUACGACUGCGUGAAGUACGACGUCAUCCACAAUGCUACUCUGGGCCUGGAGGACACACUGGAAUUGUUCAGACUGUCUCGAGCUUUGGCGGAUAUUGUCAUCCCACAGGAGUAUGGCAUAAAUAAAGUGGAGAAAUUGGACAUAGCGUACGCCUACUGCCUCCCGCUGGUCAGAAAGAUCCAGCUUGACCUGCAGAGGACCCAUGAGGACGAGUCUGUCAACAAACUGCACCCUCUGUACUCCCGCGGAGUGAUGUCUCCUGGGCGCCACGUCAGGACGCGUUUAUAUUUCACCAGUGAGAGUCAUGUCCACUCCCUGCUCAGCAUUUUCCGCUACGGAGGCUUGCUCGAUGAGGAGAAGGACCAGCAGUGGAAGCGUGCCAUGGAUUACCUCAGUGCUGUCUCUGAACUCAACUACAUGACUCAGAUUGUCAUCAUGCUGUAUGAGGACAACAAUAAGGACCUCACCUCGGAGGAACGCUUCCACGUAGAGCUCCACUUCAGCCCCGGUGUCAAAGGUGUCGAGGAGGAGGAGAACGCACCGACCGGCUUCGGCUUCAGGCCGGCUUCUGCAGAGGUAGCACGACAGAACGGGCAGAAACAGACUGACCCUGGCAGCCUGGAGGACCUCUCACGAGACGAGACCGACCGUGCCGUCCCGCUGUCCGAGCCGAUCACCAUUCAGAGGAGGUCCCCACUUAUACGCAAUCAUAAGACUGGAUCCAUGGAGGUUCUGUCAGAGACAUCAUCAUCCAAAGUAGGCAGUUAUCGCCUCUUCUCGCUCUGCUCACGUCAAUCCCCCGAGAUGAAGCAAAGUGGAUUAGGCUCUCAGUGCGCCGGCCUCUUCAGCACCACUGUCCUAGGUGGGUCCUCUAGCGCCCCUAACCUGCAGGACUACGCACGCGCACAUCGCAAAAAAUUCUCCACCGGCAGUCUGUCCUACAAAGACGAGUUGUUGUCUAUGCCGGCAGUAAAACGAUUUUCUGUGUCGUUUGCAAAGCAUCCGACUAAUGGAACACAAGAUGACACAUCCACCACAGCAGUGGCUUCACCUCUCUGGUGCACUGCCAAAGAGCCCUUGGAGGAGCACCAUGUGGCCCAGUUUUUGAGGUGUUUCUCCACCGACCUCAGCCUGGGCCGCCACCUCUCUCUGGACGGGGCGCUGGCUCACCACCUCCACCAGUGCUCCUACCACCUCCGCCUCUUCCGAAACUGGCUCAUCUCCGGCCAAGACCCCCUAGAGUACCUCUACGGCUUCGAAGGCUGCUCCAUGGUGCCCUCCAUCUACCCUCUGGAAACGCUGCACAACUCGCUGUCGCUCAAACAGGUCAACGAGUUCCUCGCCGGUGUGUGCUUGAGCGCGGGGGAUCCACACACGAGGACCACCAGAGCUCUGUCAGCCAUGUUUGACACACACAACCAGCCGUCGGUGGACUCGUACAUCCCUCAGAGAGUCCUCUCAUCCUCCAUCUCGCUCAAAUCUCGUUCUGACAGACCUCCUUGGUACAGCAGCGGACCAUCCAGCACAGUAUCCAGUGCUGGACCGUCCUCUCCCACUACAGCGGACACUUCCCCACGCUUCAGCUUCAGCGAGAAGAUGUCCCUCACCCCUCAGAGCAGCGAGGAAACGCACUCCUCUCAAAACAUUUCCACUCAGCCGGCGCCCGUCGUCGGCUCACAGGUCCUCGACCCGGCUUGCCCUGCUGUUUCGAACUCCGGCGAAAUCCCUCUGACUCCAAAUAACUCACCAGAGGAUGAUGUUGAGCCCUGUGCCGUUACUGGACUCCCGCCUGAUAAUCCUGAGUGCUCACAGGAAGGGCCAGAGGCGGCUCCUGCAGCCGCGGAUGCUGGUGCAAUCACAGAUCCCGGCCUUAGACCGCCCUGCUCUGCGUUAGCUGAGCUCGCUCUGGGUCGGAUGGAGGGUUACAGCCUCCCAGGCUCUCUGCCUGUUCUGUUGGAGCUCAGGGAGAGCAGCAGCGAGGCGGGCUCCAGCUCCCAGACGCCCCAGUCUCCUGAGGGACCCGACGAGUUCUUUGACACUCAGGAGUCGAUGGAGUUGUGGAUGGACAGUCCGGAAAGCCUCCCGACUCCUGAGACGCCCCUAGAGGUCGGAGCCACUCACACAGCAGAGCCGUAGGGACACGGAGACCUCCGGAACAACAGGCCUCAGAUCUGUCAGAAACUACUGUAACGUUACAAGCAUCCUCCUCGUCAUGUAUCAUGAGCAGCGAGGCGCUGUACUGAGCUGCAGCCGACCGGGCCUCCCAUCUCCUCCAGCUUGAUGACUGUGCUGAGUAUUAAUAAACGGGCAAUUGAUCCCCACACUAGGCUCCGUGUUACGCCCCACAUGCUGUGCAUUGCCCUUUUUUUUCUUCUUCUUUUUUUUAUAGAGCACACUGGUGACCACCUGUGACUCCACUGAGCCUCCUGACAGUUCACCAGUUCAGCUCAUCGAAGCUACUUCACUGUCCCGUUAACAUUUAACAGCUCUCCGUCACUGUGCCCUUCUUUCUUUAAAGCUGCAUUAAUCAGAACUGCCCAGCGACACACACACAACCACACAACCCCCGACCUGCUCUCAUGUUAUCAAGCUGUUAGAGCGAAGAUUAAACAAACUCAUCGUCCCACUGGAAUCCAAUAUUCACUCUGCUUUUUAGAGAAGAUGAUACGAGCGUUUAGUCUUAAAGGAACAGCUCAGAAACUAAAACAAUGAGUGAAAAGAGGCAGAAAGAAGCGUCCAUUUGAUUCGUUGUGUUUUGAUUAAUGAAGUUUUAAACCGUGUGAAGUCUGUCAUCACCCUGAAACUUUAGCCUUCGCGUCGAAGCUUUUCGUAUCAUCCAUCACGGUCAGGCUGCGGAUAUCAGGGCACGUCCUGACAUCGAGGCAGUCGUGCUUUGUCAUCACUGAAGCACAAGCUUGUCUUUACUAAAGGACACAAAGACUUCCAGACUCAUUACUUUGAUGAGAAAUGCAGAAAAUACUAAUCUGUCUUCGUCGUGCGCCGGCGACUGUCCCGCCCUCCGUGUUUAGUUCCUGCAGCUGAAUCUUCGUUACUGCCAGUAAAACAUAAAGUGUUUAAUCUCCAGGUCAAACCAUGUGUGCACUGCUUACUGCCAAAGUCCUUAAGCCUCAUUGAAGAUUUAAUAUAAUCAGUAGGAAUGGAUAGAAAGAGAGAAAAUAAUAUUUAUUUUGAAAUUGCAUCUUGGGAGAUAAAAAAAAAAAAAAAGAGAGUCUGGUAUUUUUGAUACCCACAUCAGAUAUUUAAUUGUACCAUAGCUCUUGUAUAUUUUUUGUAAAAUCACCUCAUGAUGUGGAGAAAAAAAUAAUCUGAAAGCUAAUCUCUCAUUUUUAUCACUGAACAAACAGGAGGGGGGGCAUUUUACAUGAAAUGUGCUUUUAUUGUGGCGAGCAGUUAUGUAGCAGGUGUGUGUGUGGGUGGGUGUGUGUGUGUAUGGGGGGGUUGUUAGUUGUUAGGAACGCACACACACUUGAGAAGCAUUCAGGUAGACGCUGAUGUGCAAUUCUGUGUUCGAUCGGUGAGAUUUCAUGUUACAUCGCGAUGUACUGUAGAGUCUGAACUGUCGUCCUGUGUGUGUGUGUGUGUGUGUGUGUGUGUGUGUGUGUGUGUGUGCAGAUUUUCACGCUGUCAUGCUUUGGUUAAAGGGUCGACUCACUUCAUUCACAACAUUUUCUCACCUUUCUUCUACUGGUUUUAUUUUUAUCUUGUCUGCAGGACGACAGAAAAAAAAACUGAAGGUGUAGCAUCGGCCAAAGAAGAACCUGCUAAAGUUCGCUGCAGAUGCGUGUAUAUUUUUCAUUAACGCUGCAAUAUAGCUCAUUUAUAAUACAGACAUAUGGUAUAUGGUGGUUGCAAGAUCAGACGGUUGGCCUCGGCGGAUGUCUGCGCUCUCCGAGAGCCCCUCUAGUUCAUCUUUGAGUUUAUUUGUCCAGGUUUUGAGAUCACAGGCGUCACUGUGAGCCAAACGUCUGGCACCAGCCAGUCACGAACAUUCUCAGCCAUUUUGUGCCAGGCAGGUAGUGUACAGUGGAUGUUAAGUCUUGAACAAACAGGAGUUUUAAAUCCUGUAAAGUCUGUCUUUGCCUUGGAUAGCUGCAGUCGCCGUCGCAUUAAAAGCUUUCAUAGCAUCCGUCACAGUCAGGUGACCGAUAUCCUUGCACCGAGUACUGUCUACUCGUACUGAGUACUGUACAUACUGUACUUCCAGAGUAACUAGAUCCAGGUAGAACUAUGUUUUUUGCUGCAUGGUGCACCUGUUAGGGGAGACGUUAAACCACCGCAGGUCAACAAAAACAAGAUGUCUGGUCGGGGUUUAAAGGUCCAGUGUGUAGGAUUUAGCAGUGAAAAUUGCUGAUUGCAACCACCUUGCCUCAACCUCUCCUUCCUAGAAAGGCCGUCUUUAAAGUCAGCGAUAAGUUCAGAAAGUGACGGUAAAACAUGGUGAAGGGCUCCUUCUAAGAUCAUUGAUGAUUGUACACUAAUGGAUACAUAGUUCUGUCAUAAUCUGUAAAUAGAGCCCUGUAAAUCUGACACACUGGACUUUUUAAGUUCUGGAUUUAUUAAGGAGAGCUGGAUUCUUCUGGGCGGCUUCCUGUCGGCUCUCCGCACACAUGGGAUUAAAUAAUUUACUGACGUGCCUCUUUUUAUUAUAUCAGUCUUGAUGAAUCAAAGAGUCAUUUCAGGGUGUUCAGAGACCUUUCUUUCAUCACUGUACAGCCUUUAGUUUGGUGUAUGUGGAUGCAGACAAAGUUUUAGUACAUCAGAGGACAGACCUGGACAAAUAAAAACCAAGACUAACUCCACGGGGACUUCACAGUAGAGCUGAGAAAAUCAGUUUUUGUGGUUCAGGUGAGCUGACCCUUUAAGACCUGCUCUUAGAUCCACCUUUUUAAUCACUGAGGAUGAAUCGUCUGUAAUCCUGUAAUAAAGAUCUCCCUGCUGAGCUCCUGAA